UUGAUUGUCAGGCUAGCGUGACGGCUACAGAAGUGUUUAAUAAUGCGCUGAUUGCAAGGGGAGAGGACCGGUCACAGGAGACCGUUACUUUAAUGUUAUACAGGCUCUCUUCGUCUCGAAGUGUUCAUCGUGGAGGAGAAUGCGUUUCAACUUUCUGCAAAUAUUUCUUCCCGCAUUGAAAGGAGUGCGUAACCGGAGAGUGUUAGUUCACCCACUAUUUUGCUGAAGUGAAUGAUUGUUGGACACAGAACCGGCGUUUGAUUUUAAGGAUACAGUCUACCGUCUGAGAUCACUUCAAGAGGACUUAGGAGAAGAAUGCGGUGGUUGGGGUGUCAUCGGCUGGGGCCUAUUUGGAAGGCGCUGCUGGUGUUUGUGGCCAUUGCGUUCACUGGACAGCUCCUGGGCUUCUUCAACAAAAGUUGGAUGCAACCAGACAGACCGCGGUCUGUCUUUCCAUUGUCCUCGGAGGACGGCCAUGGCUCCCCGUUGGGCCCCUGCAGACCCCACACGCACGCCAUGUUCCUGAAGACGCACAAGACGGCCAGCAGCACCGUGCUCAACAUGCUGUACCGCUUCGGGGAGGAGAGAAGUCUGCGCUUCGCCCUGCCCUUAGGCUACCAGUUUGGCUACCCGCUGCUCUUCAACGCGCACAGGGUCAAAGGUUACCGAGGACCCCGCAUGGUGGAGUUCAACAUCAUGGGCAAUCACAUGCGAUUCAAUAAGCCAGAGGUAGAGAAGGUGAUGCCCGCCGAUACCUUCUACUUCUCCAUCGUGCGAGACCCUGUGGAGCUGGCGGAGUCCUCCUAUGCCUACUUCAAAGCGGUGGCCCCUGCCUUCAAACGUGCGAAGGGCCUGGGCGAUUUCGCCAACGAUCCCCGGCGCUACUACGACCCGAGGCUGCGCAACAACCACUACGCGCGAAACCUGCUCUGGUUCGACUUCGGCCUGGACCACAACGCCAACUACACGCCCGCCCUGGCGCGACGCGGCGAGGCGGAGAUCAGGAAGUCGUUCGAUCUCAUCCUGGUCUCCGAGUACUUCGACCAGUCCAUGGUGCUGCUGCGCCACGCGCUCUGCUGGCCGCUGGACGCGGUCGUGUCCUUCAGCCUGAACGCCCGACAGCCGAAACCCGCCGCCGGCGGGAGCUGGGGGAGCAAAACCAACCUGGGCGCCGCCCUGGCGCUGACCGACGACCAGAGGCUCAAGCUCCGCGAGUGGAACGCGCUGGACUGGCACCUGUACCAAGCGUUCAACCGCACCUUCUGGGAGGAGGUGGAGCGCUUCGGGCGGGCGCGGAUGGAGGCCGAGGUGGCUCUCCUCAGGACGCGCCGGGACGUCCUGGCCCGGGUGUGCCUGCGGGACGGCGGGAAGCCCGUGGAGGCCAACCGCAUCCGCGACAAAACCAUCCGGCCCUUCCAGAGCGGCCUGGUCAAGAUCCUGGGCUACGAGCUGCACCCGAGCCUGGACAACUCCACGCGGCAGGCCUGCCUGCGCAUGAUCCGCCCGGAGAUCCAGUACAAGGACCUGCUGGACGCGCAGCAGUUCCCCAGAGCGCAGCCACCCCCGGGGGCACCCGCCGGGGCUGGAGGACCGCCCGUCAGGAGGGAGCCUUUGGCCCCUAAGAUGGGAGACCAGCUCGGUGGGAACUCCAUCGAGAGGGACUGGGACGGGACCAGACUGGGUCGCAAUAUGUCGUUACCAGUGAGGGAACGGGAUGGAAAGGACCGGUUCAGAUAGUUUUCAGACAAUUCCGAACUCUAGUUUUGAACAAAAAAAAAGAACAAACAAACAAACAAACAAAAAACUUUUUUUUUUGCCUCUGGACCUGGAUGUUUUCUAAUCUCUGAAUAAUUGGAAGGCACCUAGUUAGCCUUUGCACUGCACUACCUGAGAGACUGGAGAAGGCUUUGCAGUGGCUGGGUCGUGAAAAAAGCCUCAAACUCUUCUGUUCCACUCCUCUCUCCCUCCCUCCGCUUGCCAUGACCUUAUUCGUUUCUCUCACGCUCGAAAUCUCACACUGGGGUCCCAGAGUCUUGCUGGAGGAGAGUUACCUUCCAGGGGAGGUGGCUGAAUUUCGAAGGAACCCAGGCAAUAACAGUGACAUGUCAGUGACUGUGGCUAGCUUUUAGCAGUGUGGUGAUACCUGAGGAAGUCGAGAGUGGUCGAAUGGGGUAGGAAUAGUGAAAUGUGAAACCACACCCACACUCCCUUGUUCUUUUUCUGUCUCUCUUUCUCUCUCCCUCCCUCCCUCCCUCUCUCUCUCUCUCUCUCUCUCUCUCACAAACACAUACCACUUAGCCCACGUCUUCAUUUUACCACUGACCCAUAAAAUGAUUGCAGUGGGAGAGAAAGCUGACGCUCGCUGCAGAGGUGGACCGUGGCUGCACAUUAAACGAGUACCUGAGCAAUUAAGUUACCAUCGACAAGCGUCGCUAGUCACUGGUGACGCACACACAGUUUAGUUCCCUGAAAGGAAAGAGACGACGUGUAAAAUAUUGUAACAUAUCUUCCAUUCACAUGAACACACUCACAGGGUUUCUCAAGUCGACGCACACACACACACACUCACACACACACACACACACACACACACACACACACACACACACACACACACACACACAUACCUACACUCUGCUCAUGCCAGAUUAGUUUAGUGGAAUGAAAUUCCCAUUAUGUUCAGUCAGGCAUAAACACACUACUUGGGGUGGAGCAUAGGCACACAUCUUACACACAUCAUGCUGAGGAGCAGUGAACUACAGUGCCAGACUCUCCACACUACAAUAGCAAGCCCAGACUCAGGCUUCUGUCUGUGUCAACACUGUGUGUUAAUACAUGUCACUGCUUGAUUUAACCUGGGUAACAGGAUUUUACAUCUAGGGACUCAAAAUCAUGGUACUUAUGUUUUUUUUAGGUUGUGCUUUGAGGAAGAUGCUGAAUCCUUUUAAAAAGAACAAAAACAAAGAAAACAAAACGGAAACAGGCAGCCUCGUCGCUUGAUUGCCUCUUGACGAGGCAUCGCUAAUUAGAAUGGGUUGUUUACCCUAAUUCCGCAGUGGUGGCCUCUUCUGACUCACAAUGCUAAAUAAGCUAUUACUGACUGUCUGUGGGUUCCAUGAACGUGUUGGUCACACUGUGAAAUAUUUUCAUUGUUUAUUAUCUGUACUUUUUAAAAAAUGGAGAUGAAUCAUUUUUGCAGUUCAUGAUUCAUUCCAAGCAGACCAGGAAGGCAUUGCUUUUUUUUUUUUGAUUCCGAGUGUGGUACACCGUAACGCGUUAAAUGCAGCGAAGGAAAAUGCGGGCUGCUCAUCAUCAGCACAUUUAUCCAUUUCUGUACAGAUUUACGUUGUCUUAACUGUAUAGUUUGUCAUAGUAUUUAUUUUUUUGCCUUGCACAGAUUAUGUCACUUAAAACCUACAUUUAUAAUGAGUUACAUUUCAAACCCCCUACAAUUAACUGUUCACAUACCUUUUUUUUUUUUUUGUUUAAAGAAAAAAAAAGAGAUCUCCCUGGAUAGGUUAAGGGCAGGUGGGAAAACUGGGUGAGUUGAAGUGUUACUGAAUGUUCGGUAUAUGUUAAUAACAAGUACAUAUUACAAAGAUGUCAUUGGCUGGUCUCUAAUGUUUCAGUCAGUCCAGAGAACUUCUUUUCAACAUUUGUGACACCUAUGAACAGUUAUUUUUGCCUUAGAAUAACUCUCUUUAUGGAACAGGGCUUUAAUCCCUCACUUUUUCUGGGAAAAAUGUUGAUGUAAAUACUGUAUUUAUUCUCUUUUGAAAUGGAAGCUUUUCCCACAUUCAAAAUCAUGUUUAGACCUUAAAAUAUUUUACGAAUUUGACUGUAUUGCACUGUGCAACAUUUUGUGGUACAUCUUGGUAUAGCUGAAACAGCUUUCAAAUUUACUGAGAAAAAGGCGAGGUGAUUCAAAACCUUUUGAUUAUGUAUAUUGCCCUACACGAAAAUAAUCACUCUGACAUUCCAUUCUUACACAUUGACUUGUGUCUUAAGAAAGUUAGCAUGUGAAUCAAGCAGAAUGUUUGCAUGUUGGCAGAUUUCAUUCAUGAACACCACUUAGAAUCAAUGAAAAGGAAAUUCACCUGCUUGAUCCUUUUGUCUAUGUCAUGCGGUACAUUUUGGUAUGAUUAACAUUGAUAUAGUUUUAUUCAUUUGCCCUGCGCAAGCAUACCAUUUGAAGCAUCAUCUAUGGUAUAUUGAUCCAUCAACAUGAGGUAUUACAAUGGAAUAUGUGUUGCUUGUGUUAACUUGAAGGUAUCGGUCAUGUUCACGCUCAGUUCAUGGCAUAACUGAUGUAAUAUUUACCUGUUGUUGCGAUGGCUUUGUCACAAUGCAAUAAAUGGUUGUGUUUGAAUGUGUUAAAAAGGAGGCCAUGAAUGUCAUCUGUCACUGCAUUUUAAAGGUACACCAAAGAGCCAUCUCCAUGUCUCUUGUUGUCAGAAUGGAAUGACCACGAUUUGGGGAUUAAGUCAUUUUAUUUUGACUCCAUGUUUUGUUAUGACCCCGGUUUUUGAUAAAUGAAAAAAAGGCUUAAGUGCAACUAGCAUGACCUCUUUUCUUUCUCAAAGCAGAUGAAAUACUGAUAAACCAAAUAUCCUCCAAGAUGAGUCAUGACAUAAUUUGUAUUACAUUGGCAACCGCAGCAUAAUCAUCAAGGUCUAAAUCAGGAAGUACUGCUGAGGUAUACAUGCCUUGAGAAUUCAUGUAAAUUAUACAUCUAUUCAUAAUGUCUUAUGAUGUUGAUUAUGAUAGGUUGCUUUGAGGUGUAAUGUACACAUCAUUGAUGAUUCCAUGGGGCCCAGAUUGGAAAUGAUACCCAUCCGAUUUAAAAGCAUCCCUGAUAAUAUUCUGCGUUAUUGUUUUCCCAUUUUUAAGACCCAGCGGUGUCUUACCCUAAACAAUGAUGAUCUAUCCUAUUAUGGAUUUUCUCUUUUAAUACUUGCAUUUUCAUAGGCCUAAUUCAAAUGAUCUAUACACAUAAUAUUUAGGUGAAGAUUUUGAAUGAUUUGAGGAUUGGAUUUUUAUCUCUUUUUUUUCACUGAACAAAAUAAAAACAUUUGACCAUAACAGAGGUUAGGCUUCCAUUAAUAGAUUUUCACUUUGAUUUAUCCUCUGUAGCACCUUAGGCCAAACUCAUGAUAGCCUAAUUAAAUAAAUGACUUGCUAUUUUUGCAUAUGCUUUUACUGUUAA